GUGAAGGCGAGGAGAAGGAGACAACUGAGGAGCCGUACGAAGUCUGACCCGUGGCUCACCAGUCCUCUGACGGCUGCUCUUCACCGCCUGAGAAGCUGUAGCUGCCCCGUGAGAGAUGGGUCUGCUGCUGUCACGAGUGCUGGAGGCGCUGGACGGCCUGGUGCACAGCCGUGAGCCGGUCCGUAUCCUGCUGCUCGGCCUGGACGCGGCCGGCAAGACCACCAUCCUGCACCGGCUCAAGCUGGGCGAGGUCGUCACCACCAUCCCCACCAUCGGCUUCAACGUCGAGACGAUCGAGUACCGCAACAUCAGCUUCACCGUCUGGGACGUCGGCGGCCAGAAGGUCAUCCGUCCACUCUGGCACCACUACUUCAGCAACUCCAAGGGCCUCAUCUACGUGGUUGACUCACUGGACCGUGAGCGUAUCCAGGAGGCCGCUGACGAGCUCCGAGACAUGCUGCAGCAUCAUGAACUGCAGCACAUACCGGUGGUCGUUCUGGCCAACAAGCAGGACAUGCCUCGAGUCAUGACUCCAAGCGAGGUCACCGAACGACUGGACCUCUGCAAGCUGACCCAGCAGCCGUGGCACGUGCAGGCUACUUCAGCCACGCAGGGCGAGGGCCUGUACGAGGCCCUGGAUUGGCUCUCCAGGGAAAUCGGAAGGAGGCGCUAGGCCCGGCCCCAAGUGAAAAGCACAAAACAACCGACGCGGCCCGAACCGUACCAGAGUAUUGCAUAACCUCAAAGAUCAGAACGACACGCAGUCAAGUUUUGGUGACUUCAACGCAAGUAAUUGGAGCCAACUCUGUCGCUGUAAUGUCACGUGGUCUGAUUCGAAAAUGUUUCGCAGUCCGAUCGAACUGCACUGUUUUUUCCAUCACUGCGUUAGCAUAUCCAAUGACACACCUGCCUUACCUGCCUGUCUAUUCCUGGCACUCCCACAUAUCUGCCUUUUCACCGCUUGCCUGCCUUUGCCUCUACCUGCCUCUGCCGCUUGUCAUUUCAAACACUAUUCCGCCGGUCGAAAACACCGAACGCAAUCCAGAAUUUCUGUUCCCAUGUAUCUGUUAUCUGUUCUACAUUCCUCUGCGAGAUCAUACCGUUCUGCACCCGUACAAUCAGUCUGUUUUCCCCAUCCUGGUCACAGUUAGAUCAGCCUGCCCACCGCCCCGCCCGUCGCGGUG